GAGUAUUGCAAAUUAUAGAAGUUCAAUUUUCAAUUUUGAUAAUCUACAAAAAUGUAUUUUUUUUUUUAACUUCUUCUAUUUCCAAGUUCUUCAGCUUCGGUACUAAGGCUAUGGAUUCUCCAUUCAACUGUUUCCAGACAUGAAUUCAUUCUCUGGCCAGAUUUAACCAAAUCCUCCAUUCAAAUAUUUCAUAAAUACAUCUUUACAACAACAUCCUAAUCUUUGGGAUAUUUACAUUUCAAUAAACUAAUCAAUACCCACAAGUAAGUUUGUGGUUGUCGCGAACUGGAUUGAAAACCCAUCCACUCGAAUCACUACCUUCUCUAUUUCCCUCAUUCUCUCUUCCUUCAUCCUUCUCCAAUCCAAUCAUGGAAGCAUUAAUUUCCAACCCUCUUAUUACCCAUCCCACUCUUCGUCGUUCCAAACCGCGCUCGAAUUCGAUGCAUAAUCGAAGACGAACACCCGCGUUUGCCGCCAUUGACGGUGCUUCUUCGCUUGCAGCUGACUCCACUCAGGUUGAAAUCACAUGGCAAAUUUUCGUUGGAGCGAUUGCUGGAGUGACGCCAUUUGUGGUGGCCGGAAUCGAAUUCAGCAAGAGAAUUAUGGCGCAAAAGAGAUGUAAAGAAUGCGGUGGUUCUGGGCUUGUUCUUAGAGAUGAUGACUACUUUCGUUGCCCGGACUGUGUAUGUUCAUACAGAAAUUUCAGCAUGACGGUGGAAACUAUACCUUGCUUUUAUAUUGAGGUGGUUUUUUGCCAUGGCAGUCAUGGAGGCGAUUCUUUUGGGGAUAAAGAAGACACUUAACAAGAUAUGUCUCUUUUGAAGCUGUAUUAAUUACACUCAUAUUUCAAAGAAAGUGGUUCAGGAUUUUCUUCGUUGAUUUCCAAGCAAGACGAGGAACAAAGGAUCUGAUCUUAUCCGUUCAUUAAGUGUAUGCAUUUGAGGUUAGAGCUAAUUACAAGUUCACCACGUUUCUCAUCAAAUUACAAGCUCAAUCAAGUAUUCAAAUGUUGCUAAAUGAUUGUUUACGAGGUUACAUUUCUAGCAUGUCGUUCUUGAAAUGUCAUUUUCUCUCACAUAGUUAAUAACAUGUAUAAAAGAUUUAAUAUUUUUUAACCUAUCAACUUUAGUUUUUAAGUCUGGUACUGGUUUAUUUAUACAAUAAAGCUAGGCAUUUCUUCCCCAGUGCUUGAGAUGUGCAGAGCCAAGCAUGUUGAAUUAGAAACUCCAUUAAUUUGUAUUAAGUGGGAUAUUGCGAAACAAAUUACGCACGUCCAUUUUGGUGUUUAUGCAUUUGUAUAUAACUCACGGAGUCUGUAAGCAACUAUAUGCGAUUCUUUGUUUUUGUGUUA